CGGCAGUCGCUAUUCAACCGACAAUACCAAAUAUUUGCCUCAAACUGAGCUAGUUAUUUGCCCAACCCUGAAGAAAAGAAAAAAAAAUCCGCUAUUCAGUUGUGGCAUCACAAAUAAAUAUUCUAUCGGUGGAAAAUGUAUUGUCUCCUUGUAGGAUAAGGUUUGGCGAUCCCAUCUACACGUGAAGUGCAUGAGUACAUUCAAUUUUUAGCUCAUAGUAGAAGGCCACAUAGUUCUUAAAUUACGUGUAAAAAAAGGUGUAUCCUUUUAGGGUGUUAGCUAUUGGUAGUGCACUAGAGAUUGACAUAUUUGAAUAUUGCUAUUCUGCACUAAAGGGAUUCUCUAGUCUACAUAGCUUUUCUAUACCAGCAGACUGCAUUUGAUCAAUGAGUUUAAGAAUGGAGUAGGAUAUGUGAAUAAAAACUCUUCUUGUUACGGUUUUGGAUCGUUGGAUAGGACAAUGGCUGGAGUUUACAAGUUGGUGCAUUAUGUAUCUCUGCUGAUUAUAUCUGAACUUGGAUUGAGAGUUCAUGCUACCUGCAACGUCCCCGCCCCAGUAUCAGGCACUCAUCACAACGGCACCCUGGCGGUCUACCAGCCUGGAGCGGUCCUCUCCUUCUCCUGUGACACUGGCUACUCUGCAAACUUUAAACCACCUACAAUUACCUGUCUGGACAACGGCUGGAAUCCAGCGAAUAUCUAUUGUGAACUAAAUACCACAUCACUGGUCAUCGCUAUUAUAGUUGCCUUUGUCGCCCUCUUUGUAUUCGUGGUUAUCAUUAUACUUUUGGUGAGAAGAAAGCGACGUCAAACACAGGCUGCAUCCCCGAAGAUAAUCAGAAGAAGUCCCAAGUUUCCAGAGCACCCUCCAGAAAACAUCGAAAUGUCCAGACCAGGAUCGUUGUACGACUCUGUCAAACUCAUCCCCGAAAGGACAGACCAACGCGGUAUUUACGACUCCCUCACCGGCCUGGAUGGAAUCAAGGAACAAGCCUUUGAUGAUGCCUCCAGAGGACUGGAGAAUCCUGGUCUUGUUGACAACAGCGGUAUCGAUAUCAUCAAUGCUGGCGGACUCAAUAUGACAGGAGCACGCGCGGCUGAUAGUAGUCGGUCACACGAUUAUGAAAAUACGAAGAUCGACAGUGAGAAGGCCGGAGUGGGAAGCCACCCCUAUGAAAAUACAGCAUUACCGAACUCUAAAAAACUGUUUCACUAGAUUUCAAGAAUAAAUCACUAUGACUUAAACACGUAUAUUACAAGCAAAGUACACAGUGUUUCACUCAGGAGCGGUAGUUGGGUGCCGCCUGAUGAAACCUUUCAUAAAUCCUUUCUGAACUC